GAGAGGUGCAGCCACUCCCGCGGAGGUCCGCGAGUCCGUGGCACUGGUGAAGCCUGACCCCUACUAUUGACUUCGAUACCGUGUUUGUUACUUGCAGUGCUGAUGACAGUGGACUCGAAAAUGGAAAGGAGACACGAAACCGGUGUGCGCGAGGGCCUCCCACCGACGACAGAAUAGCGAGGACGAUGAAGAGCGAGAGCGCGGAAGGGACGAGCGGUGCGACAGAUGGUCCCUGCCAAGACGCGCUCGUCCUCGAGGAUACCGAGGAGGACUUGAGCUCCUCUGAGUCCUCGUGCGACUACGAGGACACGGGCGAAUUGAAGGACAAGAGGAGAAGGAAGAGGAGGAGGAGAAGGAGGGACAGCAGCGGCAGCGUCUGGUCCUCCGGCGAUCUUGGGUCCGACGCGUUGAGAAAUCGUAAUGAUUCGCCUCCAUCGACGAACGGGGGAAGAAGAGCGGAGAAAGAAAGCGAAGCGGAGGAGAAGGAAGGCGGAAGAAGGAGCGAAGAGAAGAACGAAGAAGACGCCCUCGGGGACUCCGAUAGGACCGCGAAGGAGAAGAGGAUCGAGAGUGACAGCGCUGCAAAGGAGAAAUGCAGGAAGAAGGAGGCGAAGAGGAACCGAAGCGAAGGAGACGGAGAGGCGACCUUGUUCCCGCGGAGAUCAUGUCCUCCAGCGACCUCCGAGACCCCGCCCCCGCCCCCUCGCCUCCCCGCCAGGCCCAGGAGACCCCGGGGAACCCACGCCUCACGCCACAACUGUAAACAAGGCAGCGCGACGCCCGUAAACAGCAGCGGGUCCGCCGAUAUUGCCCGCGACGGCAGUAAAGCGAGCUCCUCCCGAUGGCUCGGGCGGCGCGGCAUCCCGACGACCGCAAAGCUUUACCUGGUGCUAGCGGCGACGUCCCUGGUCGUCUACGUCAACGGCGUCGUUGGCGAUUACGUCCACGACGACCUCAGCGCCGUGGUCGGGAACCCUGACGUGCAGGGGACGACUCCGCUGUGGCGUCUCCUCGUCAACGACUUCUGGGGUAGGCCCAUGGCGGACCCGGCCUCGCACAAGUCCUACAGGCCUCUCACCAUCCUCUCCUUCAGACUCACCCACUGGCUAUGGAGUCACAGUGCCCUUGUUGACCACCUGGUAAACGUCGCACUGCAUAUGGGCGUGACUGUGCUGUACGCCCGCACUCUGCUCACGGCCCUCCGCCUCUCCCUCGCCCAAACUCUCAUCAGUGGCCUUGCCUUCGCGUCUCAUCCUGUCCACACUGAAGCCAGAAAGCCUGAGCAUUGCAAUGUGACGCCGGCCAGCGAGGUAAAACGAGAAGUGACCGAAAGAGCAUCCUCCGCGCAUUCGCUUCGGGAGGCAGCGUCGGAUAGACUAGGCAUCGGGCACUCCCUGUUGCCGGCCGUGCGCUCGUCAUUUAAUCUUCUGCACGGGGCACAGAUGGCAAAUUCCCCCGCCCCUUUUCAUGCCUUGCUAUCGGGGUCUAGAGUUUGUGGGUUUGAAGGACGGAACGAGGCAGCCGCCCGCCAUUACGAGGCCGCCCUCAGUCUCGACCAAGCCCACACCCGCGCCCUCAAAGGCUAUGCCGCCCUCAUGAGUGCCCGGGACCACCACGCCCGUGCAUAUGAAUUAUAUACGAGAGCACUCGACAGGGAAUGGGACCCUGACACGGCGACGGCCCUGGCAAAGGUGUGCAUCCUGACGGGGAGAUUGGAACAAGCUCAUGCCUUGCUUGACCGCGUCACUCUGCUGCACCCGAAGCAUUUGGCCGCCAGAGUUCACCUGGCACAAGUCAAACUCCAGCAGCGCCAGUACACGAGCAGCGAGGCCAUCCUGCAGGAGGUGCUGACGGAGGCGCCGACCCACCGGGAGGCCCUAUACCACCUCUCCCUCGUCUACUCCGUCACCAACCGCUCUGACGAAGCCGUAGGCGCCGCGACGGUAGCUGCGAGGGCGUGUUCUGACCCGAGAGAACUCUGCGCGCUGCUCCACGCUCAUCAAGCCGAUCUGCUGCACACGCUGAGUCUUAUGGAGGCGGCGGCUAUGAGUUACCAGAUAGCCGUGAGCCUCGAGCCUUCCCUCACUCGUGCUCAUCUCAACUUGGGAGCCAUUCACCACACGCAGGGCCGCUACCACCAGGCUCUUGACCACUACAGGACGGCCCUGGCACAGGAUCCUACGAACUCACUCAUCCUCGAAAAUAUGGAAAAGUUACGUCGCCUUAUGAACUUCCCUACAAGAAGAUGAAUGGAAGACAGGGGCUGGGAAGAUGGGUCGAAGGAUUUUUUUUUUUUUUCCCGUCAAGGAAGAUCUUUUUUUUUUUUUUUUUUCGAUGCGUUGAUAAGUGUUCUGGAAAAAAGAAAAGAGA